GGCCGCGUACGGGACCUGGGGCGGGGGCGUCGGCGUCGGCGUCGGCACCGGGGCGGGCUCCUUGCGGAUGGACGGCGUGCGCUCCGGGACGAAGGCGUCGGCCGGGCCGAUCUUCUCGAAGGGGCCGCCGUUGAAGUCGAAGCCGGUGUCGCGCGCGGCCCAGUCGUUGAGGCGGCGCUCGCGGCGGUGGAGGCACCGCUUGCGGAUGAUGUAGAUCAGGAUGAGGAUGAGCAGCGCGCCGCCUCCUGCGGCAAUGCCGAUGAUGGCUCCCGUGGACAGGGGCCUGGACGAGGACGAGCCGUUCGCGAUGGAGGAGGUGUUGGAGGAGGUGGCCUUCGAGGCAUCGGAGGAUGCGGUAGCGGAGGCGGUCACAGAAGGAAAGGCUGCCAGAGACCCAGCAGCGGAGCCGGACGACGACAAGGCUUUCGCAGAGGCCCCAGAGCUAGUGGAAGUGGCCGAGGCACUGGUGAUGGUAGACGAGGCAGACGAGGACGACGAGGAUGCAGAGCUCGAGGAACUCGACUUGCCGCUGCUGCUCGACGAGCUCGAGCUGCUCGACUUGUUCGACGAGCUGGAGGACGAUGCGGACGAGGACGCUGCAGAGGAGGAAGAACUGGCGGUGACCUUGGUCGUGACGAGCUGUUGGGUCAACACCGACUCUCCGUGGUCCUUUGUCGUGAAUGCAGAAGUGAAGACCGAGGUGAUGACCUGGUCGUCCGAAUCAUCCGCCCUGCGAUGCACGGCCUUUACGGGAAGUAAACCGUCGUCGACAGCACCCAUGGCUGGACGAAAAUGCCGCGGAAGGGGCCACGCUCUGCGUGCGAGGAAGAUCGAAAUAAACAGGAAUAAGGGAGUAGGAAGAAAAGGACUGCUCAGGGCAUGAAUAGAGCUGUGGUCCUUGUCGACCUCGCCGCGGUGCCGGGGAUAGUAGUCGUUCAGUAUCGAAUCGAGCACUGCAGCCGCUGGUCGAUAACAGCCUGUACCGAUCACCGCCAAGCGCUUCGCGAAGACGUGGUUACCGUCGUGACGAG